AAACAGCUCAUUACAUCUUCUUACAGGUUCAUUUCUUUGGGAACAACAAGAUGGGAGCCGGUGGCCGGAUGAAUGAUGCUAUCAACGACAAGAAUGUUCUCAAACGUGUUCCCACAGAAAAAACUCCAUUCGAGAUCAGUGAUCUCAAGAAAGCAAUACCCCCGCAUUGCUUCAAGCGAUCUCUUACGACCUCCUCCUACUACCUCUUCCGUGAUAUUUGCAUAUGCUAUACGUUUUACCAGAUCGCAUCAAAUUACAUUCCUCUUCUCCCUAAACCCCUUGCCUACAUAGCAUGGCCGGUUUAUUGGUUCUGCCAAGGUAGUAGUUUUAUGGGUAUAUGGAGCAUAGGUCAUGAUUUGGGCCACCAUAGCUUUAGCGAAUAUCAAUGGCUUGAUGACAUACUUGGUUUCAUCGUCCAUUCCUCUUUCCUCACUCCAUACUUUUCUUUCAAAUACAGUCACCGUAGCCACCAUGCUCACACCAAUUCAAUGGAAUACGAUGAGGUAUGGAUCCCUAAAAGGAAGGCUGAUACCUUGUAUUCGGAAGUUCUCAACAACCCACUCGGCAACUUGUUCAUGACUUUUGUCCGGUUACUUCUCAGCUAUCCCAUGUACUUCACCUUCAAUAUUCAUGGAAGGCCAUAUAAUGGGUUUGUAAGCCACUUUUACCCACAAAGUCCGUUGUUCAAUGACAGCGAGCGCAAACUAGUUUGGCUCUCUGAUGCUGGAAUGCUUGUAGCUAUCUAUGCACUUUACAAGGUUGCAGCAACCGCAGGUGCAACAUGGUUAUUUUGCAUCUACGGAGCUCCUUUGCUGGUUAUGAAUGCUCAUUUCAUCUUCUUCACUUUUUUGCAUCAUAGCCAUCCUUCCCUUGCUCACUACGAUUCAAGAGAGUGGGAUUGGAUAAGAGGUGCUCUAUCCACGGUCGAUAGAAACUACGGAAUUUUAAACACUGUUUUCCACGAUGUAACUUGUGCUCAUGUGGUGCAUCAUCUGAUCUCAACUAUUCCACAUUACCAUACAGUAGAGGCCACCAAUGCUGUCAAGCCCAUCUUAGGUGACUACUACAAGUACGAUGAUACACCGAUCCUAAAGGCUUUCUGGAGAGAAACAAAGGAAUGUAUUUUUGUGGAACCAGAUGAAGGUGCAGAGAAAAGUGGUGUUUAUUGGUUCCGUAGAUAAAUGUGAUAAUGAAAAAUCUAAGAAGCCACCGAAUUCUAUAAGAAUUCCGACAGCUUGUGUUGUUCGUUGUGAGCUUGUUUUACCCCUUCUCUAAUAAAAGGCUAAUGGUAUAAAUGUAACUUAUCGUUGUUAAUUAAUGUGGAAUUUUUCUGUU